UAGCCGCCCGGCGCCAUGGGGGCUUCGGACCCGGAAGUGGCGCCCAAGGCUCGCGGCGGUGCCGCGGGGAUGGCGGGAGCAGGAGCUGGAGCUGGAGCUCGCGGCGGAGCGGCUGCGGGGGUCGAGGCCCGGGCUCGGGAUCCGCCGCCCGCGCACCGCGCACACCCGCGCCAUCCUCGGCCUGCAGCGCAGCCCUCCGCCCGCAGAAUGGACGGCGCGUCCGGGGGUCUGGGCUCGGGGGACAACGCCCCGACCACCGAGGCUCUUUUCGUGGCGCUGGGCGCGGGUGUGACGGCGCUUAGCCACCCGCUGCUGUAUGUGAAGCUGCUAAUCCAGGUGGGGCAUGAGCCGAUGCCCCCCACGCUUGGGACCAAUGUGCUGGGGAGGAAGGUCCUUUACCUGCCGAGCUUCUUCACCUAUGCCAAGUACAUUGUGCAAGUGGACGGGAAGAUCGGGCUCUUCCGGGGCCUGAGCCCCCGCUUGAUGUCCAACGCCCUCUCCACUGUGACUCGGGGCAGCAUGAAGAAGGUUUUCCCUCCCGAUGAGAUAGAGCAGGUUUCCAACAAGGAUGACAUGAAGACCUCCCUGAAGAAAGUAGUGAAGGAGACGUCCUACGAGAUGAUGAUGCAGUGCGUGUCCCGCAUGCUGGCCCACCCCCUGCAUGUCAUCUCAAUGCGCUGCAUGGUCCAAUUUGUGGGACGGGAAGCCAAAUACAGUGGUGUGCUGAGCUCCAUUGGGAAGAUUUUCAAAGAGGAGGGGCUGCUGGGAUUCUUUGUUGGCUUAAUCCCUCAUCUCCUGGGCGAUGUGGUUUUCUUGUGGGGCUGUAACCUGCUGGCCCACUUCAUCAAUGCCUACCUGGUGGAUGACAGCGUGAGUGACACCCCAGGGGGGCUGGGAAACGACCAGAAUCCAGGUUCCCAGUUCAGCCAGGCCCUGGCCAUCCGGAGCUACACCAAGUUUGUGAUGGGGAUCGCAGUGAGCAUGCUGACCUACCCCUUCCUACUGGUCGGAGACCUCAUGGCUGUGAACAAUUGUGGGCUGCAGGCUGGGCUCCCCCCCUACUCCCCAGUGUUCAAAUCCUGGAUUCAUUGCUGGAAGUACCUGAGUGUGCAGGGCCAGCUGUUCCGCGGCUCCAGCCUGCUUUUCCGCCGGGUGUCAUCAGGAUCGUGUUUUGCCCUGGAGUAACCUAAACCACCUGACCAAACUCCUAGUCUCAGCCUGGCCCUCUGGUGAGGCCGAUCAUUUCGGGAUACCUCUAGGGAGACUGCAGCCCAGCGACACCUAGGUGUACCCCAGCCCCGCUGGGCUACAGUUUUCUUAUUGGCCAUGCGUCUGUUGAGGUGUGGGGUUGCGCAGGGGUGGGCUGCACCCAGUGGGUGGGGUCACCUGUUAGACCUGGAGACGGUGGGGUGGGGGGGUGGGGAGUUGAGGCGUCAUUCCCUGACUUCCCAGAGUCGGCCUUGUACAGAGCCAGAGAAAGGCUUGUGGAGCCAGGGUGGUUGAGGGAAGCCUAAUGGAAUCAGUCCCACCCACUUGCACCCCUCCAGGGAGCCCGGCUCUCACUCUGCAGCUCGGCUGGGAGUGUCUCUCUCCUGCUUUGUAAAUAGGGCAUGACCCCUUCACGAGGCCGCCAUCAUGACUGGGCCUAGGCUAGAAGGCCAGUGCCAGGUUCUGCCUUCAUUUCCUCAACACUACUUUUCUGAUUCGAGGGCAGCGCCUUUUUCUGAGUUGGAAAUCAUGUGACUCUUCAGAAUGUGUCCCCCUCAUCUAAUGCUUGUCUGUUUAAUGGUGACACCUCAUGUGCAGGAUUCGGUUACCUGUGCAGUUGUGUGAAUGUGAAAAAGUUAGGCAGAUCAUUGUCUCUAGCCCUACCCAAUAUAAAAGUUCAUGGUAAGAUUUGACCCCACCUCCCUCAAAUAAAUGUAUUGGUGGUGAUUUGGA